CGCUCGGCUAAUCACAAGCGCGAUGCAACGCGGUACUCGGCGUCAAAUCAUGAAGAACAACAUGUCACAUGUCUACCACCCUCUCCCCCCCCCCCAAAGACUCCUGCACUUCACACAUCAGCGCUGCUAUGCCCUAUACACCAUCACCGCUCAGUUCGACCAUCUCCCUCUGACUUGAUGACGUCUCUACAUCUCCGCCCACAAGGUCCCUAUCCCCCAUUGUCUAUCGCAAUGCUUAUCGCUGACGUAGAGAUAGCACCACUGCCCUGA